AUGCCGAUGACACGGCCAUCGUCGAAUCCCAGCUCGCCGAAAACGGCGGCAGGUUGCAGCACAUCCUUCCACUUGCUGCAGCUACGCUCUUCGGAUGGCCAGCAAGUGUUCCAACUGGCCUUGUACGAAGGCGUGGAUUCUGCAUCCUUGCAUCGCACAGUGGCAGCUCGUGUGGGAGCACCCGAGGAUGCCAUUUUUUGCACUUCGACCCCCGAGGCCACCGGCCCUGUCGUUCCCCUCUCUGCGGCUUUGCUACAUGCCGGCCUCCCUGAAGACUUCUUCCUGACGGUGCAUGUAUACGAGAAGCCCAACAACUCUUUUCCCGGCAACUCGUUUCAAACCGACGAACCUUCAAAGGCUGCAGGUGCCCCGCCCGAAGGACGCCGCCUGGAG